AUGUUUUGUUGGUGUCAUUGUAAGUAUGAGUCAGUGUUUCUCUAUUUUCCUCACAGAAGACUUUGAGCUUGUUGUUCCCAGUACAGGACCAGAGUUUUCUUUAGGGUCUGAUUUUAUUAUUCCGUGUUACUUGUCUCCUGAAAAAAAUGCAGUUGACAUGGAGAUCAGUUGGUAUAAAGAUACAGACUGUGUUUACCUGUAUAAGGACAAGCAGGUGAUAGAAGGAGAUUUGUUCAAGGACAGAGUAAGUCUGAUUGCUCGCAAUCUUAGCAAAGGAAACGUGUCCUUACAACUGAAAAACUUCAGGCUGUCAGAUAUCGGAAAUUACCAUUGUCAGGUCAUCAGUAAAGACAGAAGAGAGAAGAUAACAGUAAGAGUGAGGAUAAAUCCUGGUGUCCAACCUGUGAGUCAGUCAACAAUAUAUGAAGCACAAAUUUAUCACCAAUUAAUGCAACAGGAGGAUGAAAAGAGAAUGCAGGCAUCCAACAAAUUACCAAGACACACUCCACUUCAAAGUGAUUCAGAUAAAGAAAAACAUGGGAGUUACGCCAUGAGUGUCCCAGGCACUGAUAAAUUUCACCUUGUUUUCCCCCAAACAUCCCAAGAAGCAAAGACUUACAUGGGGUCUAAAUUCAUUGUCCCUUGUCACUUGUCUUGUGAAAUCUGUGCCACUGCCAUGCAGAUCAACUGGUUUAAGGAGACAGACUGUGUUUGCAUCUACAAGGACGACAUUUCAAGGCCAAUCUAUUCAGCUAAUGCUGUUUGAGACAGACAAAAUAUGGACGGAGGAGGAGACAAAUAAAAUGAAUAAAUCUGCUCUAAUGACUGAGAUGAAUGUGGACAAUGAGCAGGAUCCAUUGUUUGAGGCUUACAAAAAAAGAGGCAGACAGCUGGAAAAAACUGAAAAAGAAUUGAGAGAGACCAAAAUGAUGUUGGACAGAUUAUUAAGACUCCACCCUCAUGCUCAGUUUUUGGACAGAGAUGAACCAAAUCCCAUUUAAUAGCUCAGAAAUGUGCCUAACAUUAAAAUUUUAGCUUUAGCUUUAAUUAUGCUUAAUGCCUUUUCUUAAAUUCAUGAGAGCUAUUAAAAUUAAAAUUAUAGAUGAUUUCAAAUACGGUAUGUUAUCAAAACUAAAAUGAAACUUACAAUGAAUUUACACUUUAUGUACAUUU